AACAGAACAGAUCCAGCUGAUGCGCGUCCACGCACACAUCCACGCACAAGCGCGCGCACGCCGACCUGCCGCCGCGGAGCGAAACGUGGAUCAAACAGAAGAAGAGACCUCUACUCACUGACACAACAAACAAACACAAUAUACUCUGAAUGUGGACGUGAAUCUCUUUUGUAACUAAUGAUGGCGGUUCAGGCUGGUUUGCAGGCUUGGUACGGUGAGAAGUUUGAUGUCCCGUUACAGAGCCCUCGUGGUCCGCGCUCUCCCCGUCCCGGCCCAGGUCUGGCUGAUGUGUUCCAGUAUGACCAAUGGUUGGCAGUGCGGCACGAAGCCACGCUGGUGCCCAUGCAAGAGGACCUCGCCAUCUGGCUCAGCGGCAUGCUGGGCGAGCCGCUGUCAGCCGAGCGCUUCAUGGAGGAACUGGACAACGGUGUCAGAUUGUGUCGAUUAGUCGGGAUUCUGCAGAGUAAAAUCCCAGAGGACUCAGAAACAGCGAUGCCCUCAAAGAAAAUCCACUUCAAGAAAAAUGCCUCUCCUGGAUCGUUUUUCGCACGGGACAAUACGGCUAAUUUUCUGUCCUGGUGUCGUCACGUUGGAGUGGAUGAAACUUAUCUGUUCGAGUCUGAGGGUUUGGUGCUGCAUAAGGAGCCACGUCAGGUGUGUUUGUGUCUGCUGGAGAUCGGCCGGAUCGUCUCCAGGUAUGGGAUCGAGCCUCCUGUUCUGGUUAAACUGGAGAAGGAAAUUGAACUGGAGGAAAGUAUGAUGAUGACUGAUCACUCGUCUCCUGUGAAAACAUUCACAGUGUGCUGUCAACACGGAGCCAUGUAUCACGCUGAUCGUGCAGAUCAGGAUGAGCCUCCUUGUAACUGCACACAGAAGUUUUCUAUUGAGUAUCUGUCUGAAGGACGAUACAGACUCGGAGACAAGAUCCUGUUCAUCAGGAUGCUCCACGGGAAGCAUGUGAUGGUGCGUGUGGGUGGAGGCUGGGACACUCUGAAGGGAUUUCUGCUGAAAUACGACCCGGACCGCGUGCUGCAGUUCACCACUCUAGAGCAGAAGAUUCUAGCCUAUCAGAAAGGCCCAUCCAGCUCAGGCUCCACCCACAGUUCACAGGCAGCACAACCACCAACUAUGGACCCAAUUGCAGCAGUAAACCUUCUACCAGAAUCCUCCUCUUCGUCAUCAUCAUCCUCCACAACAUCAGUGUAUAAACCCAGCACACCCCGCAGCGUCACCCAGUCACCCGCAUCCACUCCAUUAAUUACUCGUAAAGCUGCAGCACCCAAGAAAAUCUUUAACACGCCCACAUCUUCCCCUAAAACCACCCCUCUUUCAUCACCCGUCCCAAAACGAAGCCCCCUUCCCCAGUCUAGUCUAUCUGGAGUUUCUCAGAAAGCAGUUUCCAAGACUAAACUGCGUCCACGUGGAUCUCCAUCUCAGCCCCGCAGUCCCGUCUGUCCUGAGCCAACAUGCAAACAGCCCAAAUCUUCAGCUCCGUCUGCGCAGAAACCUCCAGCGGGACCCGUCCGCACACGUAUCGCACAGAGACGCCCUCCAUCCCCGGCUUUAGACUCAAAAAAACCCUGUUCUGCUUCCCCACGGGCUCCUAUUACCCUCACAAAACCCUCUCAGGGUAAAUCUGUAGAGCAGAGCACAACUGGUAGCAAUAAAACAACCACCAGGAAACCUUUGGCUAGCAGUAACCCGCCUGUUCAUGUUGCUGCUGUGACAAAACCAGCUCCAAUAAACACUAAAUACAGCACACGGACUAAAGCCAGCAAAAGAGAUGAGCCCUACUUUGAGAUGAACAAUAAGAGAAGGGGGAAGAACUGAGGAUGCUGGGAAAUGUACACUGUACAAAAAAAUAUCUGUUAAUUGAGAAUUUCUGUAUUUUUGUGUGUUUUCUGUUUAUUUGUGGUUGUGAGUUGCAUUAUGGGAUGUUGAUCUCUGCUAUGUGGACUUUUGAUGUUGAAAAUUCAACUCUACAGUUUAGCAAAGGGACUUUUAUUGACAUUUUAGUCAUUUGAAAUGAUGUGCAAGUAAUAAUAUCUAGAGAUAUAAGUCUGGAUAAUAACAGAAAAUGUGCUGCAGUUUGUUACAAGGUUUUUGUAGCGUAAUAAACAACACCAACCCAUACAAUAGAGCACUUUAAACUAUUAGAAAAGUCUCUUUUACACACUUUUCAAGGUUAAAAGUUGUUGCAAGAUGUCAUAAUGCAAUUCAAAAGCAGAAAUAAACUGGGGAAAAAUAAAAACAGGAAUCCAACAAUACAGAAAACUGCUAAUUUACAGAUAUUUUUCGCUGUAUUCUUUGUUUGUUUUUUACAUAGGUGCAAUUCAGUCUUGCUUCACAUAUGAAGUCUAGUCGGAUACAAUUUUUAGUUUGAUUGAAUGAAUAUAAGGCAGUUUAAUUGGUUGUAGGUUUCUGAAUCUGUGAGUAUAUGGUUUUAGAGUACAUUUCUAGUGGACAAGCUAUGAAAAUUUGACUUGGGUACAACCAACAAACGGCUUCAUUUUUAUUUAUCAAAUUAAAUUAGCCACAAACUGUUUUCUUUACAUCUCUCAAAGCUUUCGAAUCACUCUGCAAAAAAAAAAAAGAUUUUUUUUUUUCUUGUUUCAUUCUUGAAUUGUCUUGUUUAUAGUACAAAUAUCUAAAAAAAAAUCUUACGUCAAGAAGAAUUUUCUAGAUGAGUUACUCAUAUUGUCUUGUUUUAAGAAGUAAUAACUCAAGUUAGAGUUUGUUCUCCUAAAAUAAACUAAAUCUGCCAGUGGUGUUAGCAAAGUAAACUUAUUUCAAAGCAAAAACAAGAUUAUAUUUCUUAUUUUAAUGAUAAACUCAGUUAAUUUUAACUCAUUAUUUCUGAAAACCAAACAAUAUUAAUAUUUGUCUCAAAAUGCUUCUUGAUUGUAGAAUUUUUAGGUAAUUGGACUAGAAACAAGACAACUCGAAGUAAGAAACUCUUUUUUUUUGCAGUGCAGUCUUUUGUGCCAUACUAAAACACAUCAGGACAUGCCUCAGAUGCAUUUAUUUGUUUUUAAUAUCAAUUUCUAGCUACUGUAAUUAUCAUUAUUUUAGCUAAGAGGUUAUAGGGUUUAAUUUAAGUCUGUUUAAAAGUAUGCACGGUUCAAUUAUAUCAUCACUGUGUUUAAUAUCUGUUACUCUGGGUCAGUUCAUGUUUGUAAUUUGAUUUUUGACUCCUGAUUGAGUUAAAUCUGGAUCAUACUGAUUAUAUAUAUCAAUGAUGCAAUGUUUUACUGUAUGUUGAUGUCUUCCAUCUGAGCUCAUUAGAAAAGCCAGCAGAAAUUAAGGUAAAAGUGUGUGCAUGCGUGUGUGUUCAUGUAUGAGCAGAUGCGCUGUGUGCAUUCAGAUCAUGUAAUACUGUAAAACACGUGCCGUUUCCACAUCAUAUUUACAUUGAGAGCACUGUUGUACUGUAUUACAUAACCCUCCAAGCAAUUGUGUGUUAAAUAGACAUCUAAUAGAUAUCUUAACAUGGAUGCCUUUGCUAAAAACAAGGCAGAUCUUGGACUUUCAGUCAAAAUCUAAUAGACAUCUAGGAAUAGCCCAAAACUAGAUUAAUCAUUAAAUAGACAGAUUAGAUCAACUUCACAUGUGUAGUUAUGUAUUGCUGUGUAUUUGAUGACUGAAUUAGUUUUAAGCUAUUCUUAGACGUCUAUUAGAUUUUGACAGAUGCGCUGUGUGCAUUCAGAUCAUGUAAUACUCUAAAACACGUGCUGUUGCGUUUCCACUUUAUAUUUAAAUGGAGAGCACUGUUUUAGUUACAAAACCGACCAAGCAAUUGUGUGUCAGUUUGACAUCUAAUAGACAUCUAGCAUGGAUGUCUUUGCUAAAAACAAGGCAGAUCGUGGACUUUCAGUGAAAAAUCUACUAGCCCAAAACUAGACUAAUGACCAAAUAGACAGAUUAGAUAGACUUCACAUGUGUAGUUAUUUAUUGCUGUGCAUUUGAUGAUUAGUCUAGUUUAGAGCUAUUCUUGGACAUCUAUUAGAUUUUGACUGACAGCUCAAAUUUAGCUUUGUUUUAGCUAAGAUGUCUAUGUUUAGACAUCUAUUAGACUUCUUUUAAACACAAAAAGAUGCUUGCUGGGACAUGUGUAGAUCCUCGGACACCCCAUAAAUAUGCAGAAACAUUUUUCUACGACAACCAAAGCAGAUUUAUUUUGUUUGUUUGUUUGUUUGAAUCUCAAAUAGCAUUUUUAGAGCACAUUUUAAACUCAUUUUUUUAAGUAUUUAGGGUUUUUUGUGUGCCUUAAAUUUGUGUUUCGUUGGAUUGUGUUUAUUGUCAAUGAUCCGUAUUCAAUAUGGAUUGUUAGUUUGGUUUAAUCUGCAUGCGUGUUUUUAAGUUGGUCAGUCAGCCAGCUGUUAUUAAAUAAACACUACAUCCUUUACGGAGCGCAAAUAUACUACUGAUACAGUCAUGCUUAUUAACACCUCCGCUAUUAUGAUGCUAAAUAUGUUUCGGUUCAUUAAAGAGUUUAUACAGAAAGGUUAUUAUAUAAGGUAUUAGUUUUCGGAUUAUGGUUAAUUCUUUUACAUGUGUUUUCAUGUUGUCAGAUUGUGUGUGAGAAAUUCAUCCAGCACUUUAUGAAAAUGUUUGUUUUGAAUGUAGCUUGUUUUGUUUGUCUGUGCUCUUCAAAUAAAGAUCUAUACUGCA